AUGGUGCUCGAGUAUUUAAACCCGAAAGCACUAUUGACUAGCAGUAACAUAGUUCGGCCACAAUCGACGACAAUCGUGUGCCAGCCGGAAAUCGACAGUCUGAGUAUCUCCCACCUCCGACCGAGGACAUUUUCCUUCAAGUUCAACUCCCAGUUUGGAAACCUCCAUCAACCGGCCAGCAACUUCGGUGCUCGAGAUGACCCAGUGACUGACGUGUCUCUACGGCCAAGUGGCCGCUUCACCGCGAAAAUUUCCUCUGCACCAGGCACUCCGACUCAGCUGAUCGGUAGAGCCCAUGAACGUAAUCUUCUGGGGCAGAAGCGUUGUAAUCCAACCAAUCAACGACCAGUCGACAGUCCCGAAUGGCAUAUUGUGAAGUGCUCGAGCAGGAUGGAAUAUUUUCCGAACAGAUCCAUUGGUCUUGAUCAGCUGGCAAAACAAAGAGUCCCAACAUACUGCGCCCUGUCGCUUCGCCUCGCAACGACAAACCCGACUGGCUAUACGACCAACUAA